UAUAUCUAGCUGUGCCUGUGUGAUAUGACGGACCAUGAACGCAGUGUGGCUCAUGGAGAACUUGUGGGGGUUCAUCUUUUAAUGGAGGACAUACUUCAAGGCAAAUACAACUUUGUUUCCUUUACCAUUGAAGGGAAUCUGGAUGACAAAAAGAUGCUGACUGACAGUCCACCUGCAGGCAAAGAACAGCCAGUGUCAAGAAGCUCCCAAAUGGAUCAAUCAAACCAAGAUCCAAUUUCAGAAUACAGACAGUUGAGGUCCUUUCUAAUAUUGUGGAAACAGUUGGAAGUAUUUAAAGAAAGAUGGGCAAAGAGGAAACUUAGAGCUGAGGAAAUCAACACUGUCCGUCUCUAUAGACAGUUUUGUGAAAUGUACAGGGAUGACGUUUUUUAUCCUACCAUGAAAGCAAUUGCUCGACAAAUGGGAAAGGAGGGGGAG